AUCAGAGCGCGACUCUUCAGCGUUGUUUGUGUGUCUACGCAGUUUGUACGCUGUGGGGAUUUAAUGGAAAUUUCCACUGCUUUUGAACGAUCAAAAACACUUAUCUAAAUUAAUUUAAGCCUAUAUGUCGCUUUCUAAACGGGAUCCGGAUACUUCGAGGUGGAAAUAGAAUCGGAUUGGUGUAAUCUGCGUCCGUGCAGCCGCACUUUGACUGUGUAACUCUGCUCUUCAGCAGUGACUCAUAACAGAGGUGUAACUGUCGUCAGAAAUAAUCACUAAACUAUCCGUGAUGGAGUAUCACAGUGUGGGGCCCGGGGGUGUUAUGGUCUCGGGUAGUAAUGUACCCGCGUUUCUGACCAAACUCUGGACGCUGGUGGAGGAUCCGGACACAGACCCGUUGAUCUGCUGGAGUCCUAGCGGCAACAGCUUUCAUGUGUUCGACCAGGGCAGGUUUUCCAAAGAGGUUCUGCCGAAAUAUUUUAAGCACAAUAACAUGGCCAGUUUUGUUCGCCAGCUCAAUAUGUAUGGUUUUCGGAAAGUUGUCCACAUUGAGCAGGGUGGGCUGGUAAAACCAGAGAAAGAUGACACCGAAUUCCAGCAUCCAUAUUUCAUCCGGGGACAGGAGCAUCUGCUGGAGAACAUCAAGAGGAAAGUCACAACGGUGUCAAAUAUUAAACAGGAGGACUUCAAGUUGAGCACUGAAGAAAUGUCUAAAAUGAUCACAGAUGUCCAGCUCAUGAGGGGCAAGCAGGAGUCAAUUGACUCCAAAAUCAGCACCCUCAAACAUGAGAAUGAGGCGCUCUGGAGGGAAGUUGCCACUUUGAGACAGAAACAUUCUCAACAGCAGAAAGUCGUCAAUAAGCUCAUCCAGUUCUUGAUCACACUGGCACGGUCCAACAGAGUCCUGGGAGUGAAACGAAAGAUGCCCCUGAUGUUGAAUGAUGGCAGCUCCACACACUCCAUGCCCAAAUACUCUCGGCAGUACUCGCUCGAGUCGUCUCCCACUCUCUCUCCCUCCUCUACAGCUUUCACAGGAACGGGUGUCUUCACCUCAGAAUCACCUGUCAAUACGGGGCCAAUCAUCUCUGAUAUCACUGAACUGGCGCAGUCCGACCCUGUGGCCACAGAGGAGUGGGUCGAAGAUAGAACAAGCCCAUUGGUCCACAUCAAGGAAGAGCCAUCUAGCCCCGCCCACAGUCCUGAGGUGGAGGAGGUGUGUCCUGUUGAAGUGGAAGUGGAGGCGGUAUCAGGCGUACCUGUGGACACGCCCCUUUCCCCCACAACCUUCAUCAACUCCAUCCUCCAGGAGAGUGAGCCCGUCACUGCCCCGACCCCGCCUCCCAACGACCAGAAGUGUCUGAGCGUGGCCUGCUUCGACAAUUAUCCUCAGAUGUCUGAGAUCUCUCGCCUUUUCUCUGGCUUCUCCACCUCGUCUCUACACCUCAGGCCUCAUAACGGGACAGAACUAAGUGAUCAUCUAGAGACCAUUGACUCUGGAUUAGAAAACCUUCAGCAGAUCCUCAAUGCUCAGUCCAUUAACUUCGACACCUCGUCUUUCUUUGAUAUUUUCACAUCAUCUUCAGCUGAUGUGGAUCUGGACAGCCUGGCUAUUAUCCAGGACCUUCUGUCACCUGAACCUAUGAAAGAAACUGAAUCUGGUGCGGACAGUGGAGAUUCAGGCAAGCAGCUGGUCCAGUACUUGUCUCAGCCCGUGAUUCUUCCUGACCCUGUCAGCACUGAAACCACUGGCGCCGACCUGCCCACCCUCCUGGAGCUGGAGGGCGACUCGUAUUUCGGGUCAGAACCAGCUGAAGACCCGACCAUCUCUCUUCUUAACUUCCAGUCCCCCGUUCCUGAGGACCCCAAACUAUCAUAGAGAGAGCAGCUUUUAUAAAGGGAUUUAUGUCUGUGUGGGUUUUUUAAAAUGUGUUCUCUGCAUUUGUUUUUAUUUUUGGUCAUUUAACAUGUCAGAGCUAGCCAUCAGAUUGUUACUCUGGUAUUGCUCUUCACUUUUAGUCUGGGAAAAAUCACAAAAAGAGAAUUCAGUUUUCCUUCAAAACCCUCCGUCAUGGAGUUAAAUAUAAAGUUAGCUUUUAUUUGUUGGUUCGGUAGUUUCUGCUCGGCAAUGAGAAAACCUCAAACUAAAUGUGUAGUGCUGCAGAUGUAAAUCUAAAUUUAUCGCCCAUGCUUUGUGUGCGUACCUUUUAUUUAUCUGGAUUGGGUUUGCAUCUAUGCUAAGUGAUUCUCUUGCAGUCUGUCACCACUGCGGAACUUCACAAACCUCAAGUUUGGCUUGUUGUACGUGCAUUUUUCUGCUAUUCUGGUUGUCAUUAUUUGAUCUAAUUAUGAUGCGAUGACCCCCCAGAUUGUUCUAUUGGACACCUAGCUCUCAUAAGUAUGCCAAGUAUUCAUCUUCAGGAAUAUUUUCUUUGCAGUAUAUAUUAAAAUGCUGGUUAAAGCAAAAAAA